CCGUGCGCCUGCGCCAACUCUUUCCUGGCUGCCCCGGUCCCGGCUCGGCGGCUCCGGCGCUCUCGGGCUUUUCAUGGAAGAGAUGUCGGGAGAAAGCGUGGUGAGCUCAGCGGUGCCAGCAGCUGCCACUCGUACCACCUCCUUCAAGGGGACGAGCCCCAGCUCCAAGUACGUGAAGCUCAAUGUCGGGGGCGCCCUCUACUACACCACCAUGCAGACCCUCACCAAGCAGGACACCAUGCUGAAGGCCAUGUUCAGCGGGCGGAUGGAGGUGCUCACAGACAGUGAAGGCUGGAUCCUCAUUGACCGCUGUGGGAAGCACUUUGGUACGAUCCUCAACUACUUACGGGAUGGGGCCGUCCCACUGCCCGAAAGCCGCCGGGAGGUGGAGGAGCUCCUGGCGGAGGCCAAGUACUACCUGGUCCAGGGCCUGGUGGACGAGUGCCAGGCGGCCCUGCAGAACAAAGACUCCUACGAACCUUUCUGCAAGGUCCCCGUGAUCACGUCCUCCAAAGAAGAGCAGAAACUGAUCGCGACGUCCAACAAGCCGGCCGUGAAGCUGCUCUACAACAGAAGCAACAACAAAUACUCCUAUACCAGCAACUCUGAUGACAACAUGCUGAAGAACAUCGAGCUCUUCGACAAGCUGUCCCUGCGUUUCAACGGACGGGUCCUCUUCAUCAAGGACGUCAUCGGCGACGAGAUCUGCUGCUGGUCCUUCUACGGUCAGGGCCGGAAGAUCGCCGAAGUCUGCUGCACGUCCAUCGUCUAUGCCACGGAGAAGAAGCAGACCAAGGUGGAGUUCCCCGAGGCCCGCAUUUAUGAGGAAACCCUGAACAUUCUGCUGUAUGAGGCUCAGGAUGGCCGAGGGCCCGACAAUGCACUUUUGGAGGCCACCGGUGGUGCUGCCGGCCGCUCGCACCACCUGGAUGAGGAUGAAGAGCGCGAGAGGAUUGAGCGCGUGCGCAGGAUCCACAUCAAGCGCCCCGAUGACCGGGCCCACCUCCACCAGUGAGGAGACCACCCCCCCGACCCCCCACCCCGGCCGUGCUGCUCACAGACUGCCACCAGGUGCCCGGCAGUGUGGAGAGCCUGGCGCAUCUGGACAGGGUAUUUUGUAACAAACCAGAUCGCUAUUUUGAUAUUUCUCGACAAGGUGGAUUGUCUGUGACGGGGACACUUGUCACCCCAGGACUGCUCAUGCUGCAUCUGUCAUGUUUCUCUUUCCCUGAACGUGAAUGAGUCUUUGGGGAAGGAUUGCUCAGUCCUCGGGAUGGAGAGUGUGAGUGAGCGUGUGACUGUGAGGACUUGCAUCUCGUAUUUAUUUAUGGUGGGGAUCCUGCGGCGCCAGGUCUGCCCAGCACAUGGAGGCCUCUGGUCCCCGAGGCUGCCUUGAGCUGGUCUCUGCUCAUGCGGAGGGAAUUCCCCAGGGGCCACGCAGUAUUUCAUGGCCAGAAGGCAAAAAAAGCGCAACAAAACCCCUUCUCAAGUGGGAAUCUCUUUUCUUGGAGCAGUCCUGUGCAUCUUGUGGCCAAGGAAAUAGCCCCCGUAGUGUAAGGACCCUGCAGAUCCUGAAGCAUUGAUCCUGCCCUUCCCUCAGGCUCUGUUUCAUAGGCCCACGAGGCCCAGGAAGGACUGGGCAAGACCCCCCCCCCCCCAAGCAUCCACUUAAGAGCUGACUUGGGUGAUGCCAGGCGUGGAGGAGUCAGCUCUGCCCAGCCUCUGGCUCCUGUCACCACUCAGGUACCCCAUGCACAGGCAGGACAGCAGACGGUCACUGGGCCAGGUGGAGCCCACUGUCCGGCCACGUUCUCUGCUAUAAGACUGACAGCGACUAAUCCCCUUUCCUUCUGUCCCUCCCCUGAGAGGGGACGGGAGACGUAGCAUAGGGACUGGGACCAGACCUGGGGCUUCCAUGGUCUCGGGACCUCCCAGGGUAGCUCCCUCUAGCAUGGCAGGUCAGCACUUUUCAGCAGGUGGCUCUUGCAGGGAGUUGCCUCCACCACCAAGCGGUUAGUCACCCAUCCUGCGCCAGUGGCAGGACUUGCACCCGGGUCUUCCUGGCUGCAAGGUAGGCUCUCUUUCCAGCAGCUCCUUGGCUUCUGCCCUUCCCCCUCCCCUUGCCCCAUGCCUCCUCUUCCUCCCUAAGAGCCACCUGGCAGAGAGUGUGUGUGUGUAUGUGUGUGUGUGUGUGUGUGUUGGGAGGAAAGGGGGGGGGGGUCCAUUGGCCAAGUCGGAAUUCUUGCAAUGCUUUCUUGAGCCCCUUCUCUGUGCAGAGGGGCUACACGACCCCCUGCCUUCCCUCCCCAGGGCGGGGGCUCCAGAGAGAAUGUCCUCCCUUAGGCGCUUGUGCUUCUGUAGCAUUUUCUUCACCACAGCCUUCUGGGGAGCACUGUGACUACCAGCAGGCCCAUUCUCCUGAUGAAGUGGAGGCUCAGUAACUUUUGUGCCCUGCUCACCAUCGUGCAGAGUCAGGCCUUGAACCCAGGCCUCUCCUCAUGGUAAAGAAGAGAAUGUUCGUGCAGGGUUCUAGGUCGGUUCUAGGUCUCACCUCUCUCGGCCUGGCUUUGGCCCCAGCUUUGGGUCAUCAGAAGUGGGGGGUGGCUGUUCUCUUCCAGCAGACUGACAAGAUGUGCAGACCUCUGGGGGAGGUCACCUUCUGCCUGCUUGCAUUUGCCACUCUCAGAGAAUAGACAAAGGACAUGUUUGUGUGAUUGCAAAAGAGUGAGUCGUGUUCCUCGGGGCCCAGAGCUGGCCCUGGGCUGUGGGGGUGCGUGGGUGCCAGGUGGGCAAAGUUGCAGUAGCUACCUCCCUGUUGUCUCCUUGCCGCCCCCGGGGAGGCUGGCGCACCUGGUGGCAAAGAGGUAACGGACAUGAAUGAGAGAAAAUGCCUGCGUGUUGGUCAGAAGGGGUGUGUGAGUUUUAUACCAAAGCAUUAGUUGUGGCAAGUUUGUUACCCGACAAGGUAUUUCUGUGAGUCAAUUUUAUGUACUGAAGCGGCUUGCUGCGACUUAAGCCAUAUGCUCUCAGAGGGACGUGGCCUGUCACCCGUCAGAAGGGAGCGGGUUUUUUAAAUGCUGUUACGUUGUCUUCUGUUACCAUCCCCUUCACCAUCCUGAAGCGUGUAGCAAUCAGAAAAAUCACACCCAGACCGUGUCUGACUAUUCUAAUCAUGUAUUCAUUAGCCAAAGGCUGGGAUCGGUUGCUUUGUACAAAAUGUUCCUGACUCAGUUUGCCAAGUGAGGCUUCACAGUCAAUUAUACCUGCAAGGGUCUUCUUCCCCCAAAAAUGACUUUGAAAAGAACUUUGUGUUGAUUGGGAUUUAAGCUUCCCACCUGAAUCAUAUACCCUGGGACCUCUGGGGAGCUUGGAACAAGCCCCCAGCCCAUCUGCUGGGCAGGCUUUGUGAAUCAGGUCACGUCGUACAAUGAUAAAGCAGCGUGAACGUCGGUAGGCCAUGAACAUGUCCGUGGUAUUGGAGAAGUCGCUGUAUAGUUACUCUUCAAAAGUAGAUUUUUAUUAAUCUAGAAUUUAUUAUUCACAAAACAAAACCUGGACUUUGUUAGUACUUCCAUGGGCAACAUGAAACUUCUAACAAUUUGUUUUUUCCUUCUGUCUCAGUCCCCCAUACACACACCCACAAGAAUGGCUCAGCUUAGGGGAAGACCAGGUGGUCCCAAGGCUGAUGGUGGCACUGCCCAAAGUGACCUCUUAGGGACCCCAAGCCCGUGUCUCUCCAGGGCCUGCAGGGAAGGGGAAAGGCCCGGGGUGUCUGGCAGGAAGACAAAUCAUGUUUCUAUCAGUCCUCUUGCCUGUCCCCAGCAAGUCCGCCCCUGUGGCUGCCUGGCAUAUCCCCGAGGCCAAGAUCCUGAGUCUGUUCUCAGAGCCAGGUGUGCUUAGGGAGCCCAGAACCCUAGCUUAGGGCCAGCCACAAAGAAAGAGGCAUAAAGUUAACCCCCUGAUUCCUGAUUUUCCUCCUUUGGGAAUACACAAUGCUUUGGCUCACCCGCUGGCCUGCACCAGAAGCUUGCAGUUAGAGCUUUUCUCACAAAUCCAAACAAAGGUGAGGGCCUUUCUGCUUCUCACUCUGAUGUAUUUUUCAAUUAUCCUCUGAAAUUAAAUUUAGGUUUAUGUUCCCAUACCAUAAGUGGCGCCACUAAUCCGACAGAACUCAAGAAACGGUUAUUAAACGCCAUGUAUUGGCAACGACCGAUCCAACCCCAAUCAGGAGGACAAGAAGCUGGGUUCUAGAUUCAGUCACACUUAGGAGACUAAAAGUUAAUGGGGAUUGCUUAAGAGAUGUCAAAGAUCAGUCCAACACUUAGUCAAAAAUAGUCUGCUUUAUUGCACAAUUACAAAAAUUAGGUCGGUUUAGCACAGCUUUGGAAGAGGUAGGGGACACACAACAUUCCUACCGCUCUUAUCCCUUCGACCGGUUUUUCCAGGAGACUCAGUUCUGGCCAUUUGCAGCCCAUGACCAAGACAUCCGAUCACCCAUCACAUACAUGCCAAACAAAGUCUGCCAGGAGAGUGGACGUUGUGAGCCACACGUGGGCCUGGUGGCCACCAUGCUGAAGCCUUAGCUCUUCGUCCAGUGUGGUCUUUUCUAACGUGUUUCUAUGUCCUUCAAAGAAACUGUCAGAUCCUGAAACCCUGAACAUUCGUGGCCCAUGACUGUGAAGGGGAGAAUGGGUGUGGCCCAGCUCCUGUAGAGUUUCAAUAGUAAAAUCCCUUCCUGUUGAACUAGAGGUUCACCAAAAGUCUCACUUUAGCACAUUUCAGACGUCUUGUACUAACUGUGCUGCCCCUUCAAGCUAUGCACAAAAUGCUUGUGUUGUGUUUUGGUUUUUACAACUAUUCAGUGUUUAUAAGUGACAAGCACUUGUCUAUACGUACAUCUAUAUAUAUGCAAAAUAAAAGUACAUAAAGCUCU